GGUAAAUCAUCAAAAUUUAGUUACGUAUUGUUUAUUUACUUAACUUUAAAAUGCUUAGAAUUAAAUAUGAUGCAUCAGAGCGCGUUUGCUGGUUAUUUCGAUAUUUAUUGUGAAAAUGCGACAAAAGUCUGUGUUCUGCAUUCAUAUAUUGGACGCAAUGAAAUGUAAAAGCUCGAAGCUGGAACGUAUUAAUGUUUUUAAGUUCGAUGGUUCACAAAAUGAAAUGCUCAGUAAUUUUUAAUUGAUAAAAGACGAUGGAUUCUCCUAUGCAAGAAACUGUUUAUGGGACUAAUUCGGACGAUAGUCAUGUGAUGUCCGAGAAGGUGCAGAGCUUGGCAUCGAAUAUAUAUCAAGAAUUGGAACGCAUGAUAGAGAAAUAUGACGAAGAUGUGGUCAAGGAACUCAUGCCCCUGGUCGUCAAUGUCCUCGAGAGCCUCGAUUCAGCCGUCAUGGAUAACCAGGAGCAUGAGGUAGAAUUGGAAUUGCUCAGGGAGGAUAAUGAACAACUUGUCACGCAAUAUGAGAGAGAAAAGCAGUUACGAAAGAGCUCCGAGCAGAGGUUACUUGAAAUUGAAUAUUCCACUGAUGAUGACCGUCGAGAUUUGCUGGCAAAAGUUGAAAGUUUGGAGUCGAUUGUUCGCAUGCUCGAGCUUAAGACCAAAAAUACAUCUGAUCAUGCUACUCGACUAGAAGAGAAGGAUGCAGAAAUGAAAAAGGAAUAUGCUACUCUCCAUGAAAGAUACACAGAAUUGUUCAAAACCCAUAUGGAUUACAUGGAAAGAACUAAGAUACUUUUUGGAUCUGAGAAGUUAGAAUCACUGAAUAAUAAAGCAAGACCACUUCAUAUCUCUCAAAUAAAGUCGGACAUACCAUCCUAUACUUCUCCACAAGAAAUGGUGACAAAAAUGACAAGUAGUCCAACUGAUGUCCCAUCCUUAAUAUCUCCAAAUCAGAGUUCAGAUUCUAAUGCAAGUCUUAAGAGUGAAAUUCAGGAGGCAUAUGCAUCUACUGCUACAAGUCCCAGGAGAAAAGGUAGCUCAAAAAAUAAAGACAAGAUGAUGAGUGAAAAAGGACAACUUACAGAUCAAGUAGCUUUAAGUGACCGAAGCACUGGAACAAGAGAUGGUUGGGUGGAUGAUUUGGAUGCCAACUUGCAUGAUGCGACUGUGGAAACACCUGAAAUGGAUGAAGUAGAAGAGUUGGAUGGAUUCAGCUUCGACCUAGAAAACAGUGCUCUUCAAAAAGAAAGGCGUCGGCCAAAUACCCUGUAUCAAGAGUUAAGUUUCCAAGACAAUGAUGCUCUUGGGGAAAUUGAUGAAGGUGCUGAUAUCUCUGUUUCUGGAGGAUUUACUCACUCUGGGGGAUAUGCAUCAUCUGAAAGUGAAGGGGAGAGUGAACGGGACCAUAAGGUUAACGACAAUUUCUUUGGUAUGGGAAAAGAAGUAGAAAAUCUUAUUUCAGAAAACAAUGAACUAUUGGCGACAAAGAAUGCUCUUAAUGUAGUUAAAGAUGAUCUAAUUGCUAAAGUGGAUGAGUUAACCAGUGAACAAGAAAUUUUAAGAGAAGAAUUGAAGCAAUUUUCUGCUGUAAAAGAAAAGCUUAAGAAGAGAGUUGCUGAACUUGAAGAAGAGCUCAAAAAGUCAAAAGAGGCAGCAGAAAAAGCAAAAUCUGGGAAAUCUGAUGAUGAGGAGGAGCUUCCAAUGGCUCAAAGGAAACGUUUCACUCGAGUUGAAAUGGCCAGAGUUUUGAUGGAAAGAAAUCAAUACAAAGAACGUCUCAUGGAACUACAAGAAGCUGUGCGAUGGACAGAAAUGAUUCGUGCUUCACGUAGCGACUCGUCUUUGGACACAAAAAGGAACAAAUCAUCUAUAUGGAAAUUCUUCAGCAAUUUAUUCAAUGCAAAUGAGAAACCAGCCAGGAAAGCAAACCCAUAUGUGAAUGUCCACUAUAACGCACCAACAACCAGUUCAGGGCCAGCUUUGGAUACCAUGCGAAAGAAACGUCUGGGUGACAGACAUAGAGGCCUUGAUAUAUUAGAUAGUGAUGUAGUAUCUGAAAAGUUGCAGCAGCAAAGAGCUAGAGAACGUAGAGAACAGUAUAAACAGGUGCGAGCGCAUGUGAGGAAGGAAGAUGGCCGGUUACAAGCUUAUGGAUGGAGUCUUCCCUCAAAAAUAAGUGCACCUGCCAAAGCUGCUGAAGCAGAUAGUGGUAUGAGGAUCAAGCCAAAUGUAUCAUCUGUGCCUGUGCCGGUCCCUGUUUUUUGUCGACCUUUACUUGAAAAAGAAAGUGGGAUGAAGGUGUGGUGUGCAGCUGGUGUUGAUUUAUCUGGUGGUUCAUCUGAACCUGAAAAUGUGGAUGUUUCUGCAAUUGGGUCCAGUAAGUUUUACGUCAGCUCUCCUGAGCCAGGUGAUGAAGUAGCCAAACUAAAUAAUGAGCUAAAAGAUUACAUCAAACAUCGUAAAGAGCAAAGUGGAAUGGAGAGAAAUCUUUCAUCAUUUGUAUGGAUUUGUACAAGUACUCAUACUACCAGUAAAGUAACUGUUAUUGAUGCAAAUAAUCCAGCUGUUAUUUUGGAUUCUUUUCAAGUGUGCAGUUCUCACUUGUUAUGCAUAGCUAGUAUUCCAGGCACAAAGUCUACAGAUUAUGCUGCAGAUGAGGAAUUUUUAAGUCUCGGUAGCAGAGAAUCUGUAUCAGAAGGUGAUAUAGAGAGCAAGAAAGUUGGUGAUCUCCUCUAUGUAAAUGUAAACAACGAAAAUAUUUCUGACUCAUCAGCAUCAACACCUGUAAAUAAUGAUAGUUUAAGAGACACUGCUCAAAAUUUUUCUUUUGAAGAAAUUAAUGACUCAGAUGAAGCUUCACACCAAAUAUCAUCCUCUUUUGCACAAAAAGACUCUCAUGGACCUGAACUUAAAUCAGAUGGCUCCCAAGAUGAAUCGUCACAAUCUCUAUCUGACAAUCAACCUAAACAAGAAACCAAAGAAAAAAUGUCCACAGUCUUGCCCACUAUGUGGCUUGGAUCUCAAGGAGGACACAUCUAUGUUCAUUCUUCUGUGGCCCAGUGGUGGAGAUGCAUUGCCUCAGUAAAGUUGAGGGACUCCGUAUUAAGUAUUGUGCAUAUGAGAGGCCGUGUGUUUGCUGGUCUUGCAGAUGGGAGUGUUGCUGUAUUCCAUCGAGGACCAGAUGGAGAGUGGGAUCUCUCAGGCUUCCAUCUUCUGGAUUUAGGCCGACCGCAUUAUUCGGUUCGAUGUAUGACGGUUGUGGAUAAAUUUGUCUGGUGUGGUUAUAGAAAUUGUAUUCAUGUUGUAGAUACAGAAGCUGUUGCAGUUGUGCAAACAUUUGAUGCCCAUCCUCGUAAAGAAAGUCAAGUGCGCCAGAUGGCAUGGAUUGGAGAUGGGGUAUGGGUAACCAUUCGCCUGGACAGCACUUUACGCCUUUAUCACGCUUAUACUCGCCAACAUCUUCAGGAUGUCGACAUUGAGCCAUAUGUCAGCAAAAUGUUAGGCACAGGCAAACUGGGCUUUUCAUUUGUUCGCAUCACUGCUUUGCUGGUUUCAUGCAAAAGGCUGUGGAUGGGCACCGGCAAUGGUGUCAUCAUCUCUGUUCCUCUAAGUGAAGGUAAGAAGCAGAAUCCUUCGGACCUUUCUGGUCGUGCCCCUGGAGGCGUGGUUCGCGUUUUCUCGGAACCUGUGGAAGGUUUACAGGGUUCUGGUUUUGUUCCUUACUGUUCCAUGGCUCAAGCUCAGCUCUCUUUCCAUGGCCAUAGAGAUGCUGUCAAAUUUUUUGUUGCAGUUCCAGGAUUUUCUACAUCAAAUCAAAUUUCUUCAGAAACAGAUUCAAAGGCAUUGCUGACUGAGAUAAAGCAAGCUGUGUCAAAAGAUAAACCUCAAAUUGAUAAACCAGAUUCAAUGCUCAUUCUUUCAGGAGGGGAAGGAUACAUUGAUUUUAGAAUAGGGGAUGGCGAAGAGGAUGAGAUGCUAGCCUCCCUUUCACCAGACAGUGACGAAAGACAUCCCGUCAUCACAGCCAAAGGAGAUAGGAGUCAUCUGAUUGUUUGGCAAGUCGCGCUCAGUGAAUGAAUUUUUUUUUUUGCAAUAAAAAAUGAUUGUUUUCAUUCUAAAGCUAUGCCUUUAAGACAAAUUAAAUUUUUAGCUGAGUGUCAAUUAAGGAACUUUAUCUUCACAAUUGAGAGUUAAUGUGAUUUGUUUUAUGAGUGUUUAUUUUUAGACUGCUGCCAGUACCAAAAGACAAUGUUGUUGCCAUGAUUUUACAUUUGUUUUAAAUAUAUAUAUGAAAUAUGUAAAACAUUGUUUUUCAAAUCUAGUCAAAAUUAUUUUAAAUGAUUAUAUGAUUUUAAAUUUAUGAAUGCUUAAGCAUUUGUAGCUGUGGUGAAUUUAAAAAAUUCAGAUUGUUUAUUUAUAAACAAAAUUGUUUAAUAUUUUUAUGUAAAUAAAAUCAC